AUGUCCUGCUCAUCGCGUGAUCGCGGUGAUAUCCUGCAUGCCGCUCUAAUGACGAAAAGUCUGAUUGUUUAUAUGGCUGCUGUGAGAUGCAUCAGCCGCUACAUCGCUCUUGCCGUUACCGUCGGCGCUCGAAUACCACUCUACCUAAUGGUAAAGAACAGACAUUUCGGUGAUAAAUAUACCGAUACACGUUCCGACCUGAUGUGGUCUCCGCAGCAGUAA